GUGAUGUACUUCAGCUCUCUCUUCCCCUACGUGGUGCUUAUUUGUUUCCUGGCUCGUGCUUUCCUGCUCAAGGGUUCUAUUGAUGGCAUCAUCCACAUGUUUACACCAAAGCUGGAAAUCAUGCUGGAACCCAAAGUGUGGCGUGAAGCUGCCACGCAGGUCUUUUUUGCCCUGGGUCUUGGUUUCGGUGGUGUUAUUGCCUUCUCCAGCUACAACAAGCGAGACAACAACUGCCACUUUGACGCUGUGCUGGUCUCCUUCAUUAACUUCUUCACCUCAGUGUUGGCCACUCUGGUCGUUUUUGCUGUUCUGGGCUUCAAAGCUAACAUCAUGAAUGCCAAAUGUGUGGAAAUGAACACAAAGAAGAUCAUUGAUUUUCUUGGAAAAGAAAUCAAUCCAAGCUUGAUCCCACACCAUAUUAACUUCAGUAAUGUUAGCCCUGAGGACUACCAGCAAAUGACCAACAUUGCAGUGCAGGGAACAGGCUUGGCCUUCAUCGCCUUCACUGAAGCCAUGACCCAUUUCCCAGCCUCACCUUUUUGGUCCGUCAUGUUCUUCCUUAUGUUGGUCAAUCUGGGGCUGGGCAGCAUGUUCGGCACUAUCCAGGGCAUCCUCACCCCCAUUGUGGACACCUUCAAAAUACGGAAGGAAUACCUCACAGUUGGUUGCUGUGUACUUGCCUUCUGUAUUGGUUUAAUAUUUGUGCAGCGAUCUGGGAACUACUUUGUAGCCAUGUUUGACGACUAUUCCGCUACUCUGCCUCUUCUCAUCGUGGUUCUUCUGGAGAACAUUGCUGUGGCCUGGGUGUAUGGCACCGACAA